AUGAGUAAGACAAAUGUAACAGAGCAACACUACAUUGAGUGUGCCACGUGUAAGAACUACUCCACAUUUUACUGCAACACCUGUCACCAGCGAUUAUGUGAGCAGUGUAGAUAUGUCCAUCUCCGUGAAAAAGAAAACCGAAAACACCAGAAAGAACUUAUCAAGAUUCGAGACAACAUUCUUCCUCAAUGUAUAGAUGAAGUAAACUCACAGAGAGAGGUAGCUGAAGAGGCCAAGAAGAAAAUAUGGAAAGUCAGAUUAGCUAUUAAACACAGUGCAGAUGAGAUUAAAUCGAUAGUGGAUAGUAUUCUGACUGAAAACAAUGCCAAGUUAGACAUAAUAGAGACAUCAAUUUUAGAUGAGAAAAUAAAGGAACAGAAAAAGUUAAAAGACUAUAUCUCAUACCUGAGAUUACUAUUGAUCGAGGACUACACUAGUGAUCUUUCAUCAUGUCAAUUAACAGAAAUUAUAAGGUACAAUAAAAAAAGUAAAAACAUUCCUCUGAUGAAAUAUCUUGAAAUAAUUGAACCUGGCAUUCCAAUGUUUACAAAUGGCAGAAAGAUAAAGGAAGAAAUAGAAUCGAUUUUUGGCCACAUAAAACCACGUGCAGAAAGACUGAAAGUAGUUGAAACAAUAAAGGCAUCAAUACAUCAAUUUAACUCCAAACCAUAUCAAAAACUAAGUGUGGUGCUAUCCAGAUCUAUUUCAAAAACACGACAAUUUAAUUUAUCUGGACUCAAAGCAGUUAUUCAUUUAUCAUCAGCAGUUCGAUCUAGCAGGUUUUGGGCAAGUGAUGAUAUUUGGGAAUCUCAUUCAAUUUGA